CGUGCCGAGAGCGGCUUGGCCGUCCCUCUCCCCCCCUGCGCUCCUCGGAACGGAGACUCCAGACGCGCAGCGCGGCUUCAGGCAGGGCGCAUAGAGCGUCUGUCCCUCUCAUUUCUUAUCUCACAGGGGAUCGUACACCUUUCAUCCCGGGAGCAGCUGCAGUCUUCUCCCACAUUCGUCUGCAACUUGCCAAGACGAAGGCAUUUAUUUCUUCCAUCAGAUUCCAAAGAAGUUGGAGAGGAGCCAAAGAGCAACAAGAGAGACUGAUGUCUGAUGGCACGGUAAAGACAACUUGAAGGACCUGGGAGCCAUCACUCGCACAGAGUGGCAGCAAGGUCAUGUGGCUGAGGAACGGUUUGUCCUUUCCCUUCCUUUGAAUCAUUGAUGGAGUUCUCAAGAUGGCCAAAGAAGUAUCUUAGGACCUUUUGAAGUAUGAACUUUCUGGACCACUAGUUUGUUCUGAAGGGAAAAGCCAUCAAAGAUCAAAGAAAUCACCAACAGUAAAAUUAGUCGACCUUUUCUUGGUUCAAGGAUUCCGCUUCGGGAGACAAAACUCGUCAUGAAUUUUCAAGGAAGUGGAUUACAGAAGAGUUUUCUCUGGAAAAAAAGUUGAACAGUGACUUUUGGACAGCUUAAUUAUCACCCAAGUACGUACUAACCAGCGGACGGAAGAGAAGCAGUCAAGAAAGGAUGGGAACCAUCGCUUUUACAUGCCACUGUAUCCCCUUUCCUCCCCUAGUGUCUGCAGCGAUCAGUGAGCCAUUCUGGUGAAAUCUUCUUUUUUCUUGCCUUGAAAAAUUCUACUUGAAAGUUAUUUUUGACUUUGUUUGUUUUCCUUCUUGAGGUCAUACUUUGAAAAAUAACAGAAACUCUACAAAGUGAGUCAGGUAUACUCUAAAGAAUCAGCAUGACCAACGAUGUUACAACACCAACAGGAACUCCGCAGGUGGUAGGAAUCCAAUAUGCUCCAUGACCUGUUCUGUAUUCAGCAGAUAACUUCAGAUUAUUCCUGAACCCAUGGAUUAACUUUGAAGUUCUCAAACAAGGACCUUUUAAGUUUGCCCUGGUGGAGUUUUUAUUUGUCGGAAAAGUACAACAGAAGAAGUCUUCCUGUCUGCAUGAAACUUUUAUCUUACAUGUAGACCCAGGUUGGAUUUCUUUGUUUUUUCUUUUCACACUUUUUCUUUUUUAAUAUAAAGAUGGCUCCUUUUUGGACAGCAGGAGCUUGUAGACUGUUAGCGGCAAUGGGUCUUCUUAACUGUUGUAGUUUUGGCUGGUGCGAGGCCUCAAGGACUAGUGGUUCGGUCUCAGGAGAGAGUAGACAGGAACAAGGACCCUCAUCACUUGAGCGAGUAAAGAGAGGAUGGGUGUGGAACCAGUUUUUUGUGGUGGAGGAGUACACAGGAACAGAGCCGCUUUAUGUGGGAAAGAUCCAUACAGACUCCGAUGAGGGGGAAGGCAACAUCAAGUACACGAUUUCUGGAGAGGGCGCGGGUUCCAUCUUCAUCAUCGAUGAGCUAACGGGAGACAUCCAUGCCACAGAGAGACUGGACCGGGAAGAGAAAGCCUUUUACACACUGAGGGCUCAGGCCCGCGUGCUGCUCUCCAACGACCCUCUUGAACCAGAGUCCGAGUUUGUCAUCAAGGUUCAGGACAUCAACGACAGUGAGCCCAAGUUCUUAGAGGGUCCCUAUAUCGGCAGUGUGGCAGAGCUAUCACCCAUAGGAACGUCUGUUAUGAAGGUCACUGCAUCAGACGCUGACGACCCUACAUACGGCAGCAGUGCCAGGGUGGUGUACAGCGUGCUGGAUGGAGAAAAGUUUUUCACUGUUGACAGAAACACAGGGAUCAUCAUGACAGCGGUGGCAGAUUUGGACCGUGAGACGCAGGAUCGUUAUGAGUUGGUCGUCAAGGCAACAGACAUGGCAGGACAACUGGGCGGUCUCUCCGGCUCCACCACGGUGACCAUAGUGAUCACGGAUGUUAAUGACAACCCGCCGCGCUUCCCACAGAAGAUGUACCAGUUUUCGGUGUCAGAGGGGGCUGCGGUGGGGACACCUGUUGGACGCGUCAUUGCCACCGAUGCAGACAUGGGAGACAACACGGACAUGAGCUAUCUGAUAAAAGAGGGAGGGGAGCUCUUCAAGGUCACUACCGAUGUUGAUACACAGGAGGCUGUAGUCACCAUCAAAAAGGCGUUGGACUUCGAGACUAAGCGUACACACAAUGUUGUGGUGGAGGCCGUGAAUAAGCAUGUUGACCCUCGCUUUGUGGACCUGGGUUCUUUCCGAGACCAGACCAUUGUGCGGGUUAGCGUGUCGGACAUAGACGAGCCACCAAUCUUUCUACCAGCAGAGGGCUCCAUCAUGGAAGUGCAGGAGGACGCUAAAGUAGGAGCGCUGGUUGGCAUCGUCACCGCCAGAGAUCCAGAUGUGAAAAAUAAACCUGUCAGGUUCUCUAUCGAUCGGUCCACAGACCAGGACAUGAUCUUCUAUAUCGAUCCUGAUUCGGGUGCCAUCACGCUGGGAAAGAUUUUGGACCGAGAGACGGCAGGCUGGCACAAUAUCACAGUGAAAGCCGUAGAAGCAGAUAACCACACUAUGACGUCCCACUCCGCAGUGAGUAUUCGGAUUCUGGAUGUAAAUGACAACCCACCUGAACUUGCCACACCAUACGAAGCCUCUAUAUGUGAAGACGCCAAACCAGGCCAAUUAAUUCACACGAUCAGCGUGGUGGAUCGAGACGAGCCGCAAACAGGACAUCGCUUCUACUUCACCUUGGCCCCGGAAGCUUCCAGCAAUCGACACUUCACCCUGUGGGAUGUCAAAGACAACACAGCUGGCAUCCGGACCCAGCGGUCAGGCUUCAACCGCCACGAGCAGAAUGUGUACUUCCUGCCCAUCCUGGUGGUUGACAGCGGGCCUCCCUCUCUCAGCUCCACAGGCACCUUGACCAUCCAUGUCUGUGGCUGUGACCCAGAGGGAGCCAUCCAGUCCUGCAACGCCACAGCCUAUGUAAUGAGUGCUGCACUUAGCCCUGGAGCCCUUAUAGCACUGCUGGUCUGCAUGCUCAUCCUUAUAGUCCUCGUCUUGCUCAUCCUGACCCUGAAACGGCACAGGAAGGGCCAGAGGAUGGCGGAGGAUGAGGAGGACAUGAGGGAUAACGUCAUCAAGUACAACGACGAGGGCGGAGGGGAGCAGGACACUCAGGCAUACGACAUGAGCGCACUGAGAAACCUCUAUGACUUCCCAGAGGCAAAGAGCUGUGACUCUGGCCCGGACAUCCGCUCGCUGCCGCAGUGGAUACAGGCAAAUAGAGUGGCCGGCGGUGCAGAGGGGGCCGCAGCAGCAGCGGCAGCGACUGCAGACUUCUCCCUAUUUAAAGGCUACAUCCGAAAGAAGGUGGAACAGGCCGACGCUGACCUGUCAGUGCCGCCGUAUGACUCCUUCCAGACGUAUGCCUUUGAAGGCAACAGUUCGCCAGCGCUCUCGCUCAGCUCCAUCCACACGCUGUCUACCACCUCAGAGCAGGAUUUCUCCUACCUCAGCGACUGGGGGCCUCGUUUCAGGCAACUGGCGGGCUAUUAUGCACCAGGGAAACCUGAGGAGGAAGGGUCCUAGCACAGCAUCUGCUCUGCAAUGAUACAUUUAAAACUCCCUCCUCCUCCUCCUCCUUCUUCUCUGCCUCCUGUUUUCCCCUUUUCUCUGAUACAUCAGAGCGAACACUGUGUCCUCCUUAAAGAUAGACCACCUCUCUAUCUCUUGAAGAGAAUAUCACAGCGAUGACCUUUUUUUUUUUACAGUUUGGUUCUUGGGAGAGUUUUUGGACAUCAGCAUGGAAGCUUGGAAUAAAGACAAAAGGCAGAGAUACCCCGUCGCCAAAACUGCCAUUUACUCUGAAGGAACAGGACCAUAAAUGAGAACCUUUAUUUUCACUAUGAGACAUUGUCAUAGUUUAGAUUAUCAGCAUUACAAAGGUGGGGUAAAACCACGCCAAGGCAAACCCUCUGACAAACACGUAAUUUAUUUAAAAAAGGAGGAAAUAUUUAUGUAUUUAUUUGUUUUUAUGUAUUUAUUUAUUUAUUUGGAUCACGAUCACUAUGGAAACUGUUCCGGUGAGCUCUGCUAAAGUGCUGUAGAAAAGUAUUUGGAAGAGAACAUUAUAAAAGUAACAAAGAGACAGAAAGUAAGACGGACUCUACAGAACUCUGGUGCAGAGGUGACAUCUGGGUCAUGUAAAAAUGACAACCUGGGAAAUAUUUGUAUUUAUUUUCUAUGACCACUUUUGUAAAAUAAUCAAGUUUAGCCGAGAGAUGAAAGGCAGAGGAAAAUAGAGAGCGGGAACAGAGCAGCAGAAGAAAAGAGCUGCCAGGUCAGUCUGAACGGUUCAUGCUGACAUACUUUAGCUGUAUUUUGCUGAUUUAUAAAAAAAUGGGGGUUUUUGCAGGUCACAAACUGAGGACAAUUGUGUGUGAACAGUUUCUUUUCUUACCCUCUCCACAGCCAAUUGUAAGGCAAUAAGGCACAAACCACAACAGUGAUUUAAGACUAAACAAAAUGACUGUUUUAUGGAAUUGGCUGAUGGCCAACAUUAUCCCGCAGGGAGCCAAUUUUCAUUCCAGAACUGUGUGUGAAUGUGUACGAUAUGUUCAACUCAUUUUAUAACCUGAGAUGUUUUUGCUUUUGAUAUUUUUUUGUUCUUUGUGGGAGGGGAGGGGGGAGGGGAUGGUUGUGUCUUUGAGAGGGGGAGUAUUAAGGAUUAAAAAACAUGAUGAAUGGACUGGUAACAUCCACCUG